AAACACUCGGACCUCUGCUUACCAAAUAAAAAACACCCGGACCUCUCGCCUUGUCAACUUCCCAUCUCCGAAGUAUCUCUUUUCUACUCUCGGCUUCGAUCUGACCUUUUUCUUGGAUUUUCCCCGUUUUGGGUUCUAUACGGGUCUGGCUUUUUAAUCUGGUGGAAACGAUCCGAUCUUUUUUCAGAAAACCCUCUUCUUUUGGGUUUAGAGAUGGCGGGGGAGUCGAGGGGGUCGUGGAACGGGGGGCAGAGCUACCGUUACAAGGAGGGAGGCAGCAAAGGGACUAAAUCUUGGAGGCCGCUUCAUGCGCCCGGAUCUGAGAUUCUGUCAGUUCCUUUGUGGGAGAAGAAAUUCUGCACAUGUGUGGGUGCAAUUCCAUGGAAGAGAUUCUGUGAAAACAAGAAAUUUAUGGGUAUGUAUAAGAAUGUGAUACAGUGGGAUGAUUCAGCUGCUUUAGAGGCUUUCCAGAAUGCAAAGGCCCGGUUCUUUGCAGAGUAUAAUGGUUUCCAUUGUAACAUCCCUCCGCCUGACCCAAAUCUGUAUAUUGAUGAAGUUGACCAAGAUGCUAUUGUCGAUCCUGAUCUGGUGGCAGAUUUAGAUAAACCACCUCCAGCCUCUAUUGAUGUGGAUAAUACUGCAACUAAUGGCUGGGAUUCCUUUAUCUUUACAGACAAACCAGUUCCAGCUUCUGGGUGGGAUGAUACAGAGGACCCUGUCCCAUCAAAUGAGAAAACUGGUGAGCAUAGCUCUGCAAACUGGGAUGCGUAUAUUGAACAAAUUAGACCCAGUGGAUGGGGGAAUGCAUCUGAGACCUACUGCUCAAGUUGGGAUAUAAAGAAUGAUUCUGGCAAUGCAUGGGGUUGCAGUGGUGGAGUUUGGGGGAAGGGACUUGUGCGGGAUAAACUAUUGGUAUGUGGGACUGAUAAUUACUGGGAUAAUUGGAAGAGAAAUUCAUGGGGAACUUGGGAGAACAGGAAUAAUGAGCCAAACAGAAGAAAUGGAAGAAAGAGAGAUGGAGGUGGUCGGUUUGGUUCAAGAUAUACAAAACCUAAAUACCAGGUGGAUGGUCAUCAAUCAAAUAAUAGCUGGACUGAUUGCAGAGGAAGAAAUAGGACAAACCAUCCAUAUCAGAACAUGGUAUAUGCUGAGCAGCAUCUGGCUAUGUAGCUGUGGAGCUUCAUGUGCUUGUGUUGGCCAAUAAAUCAUGAUGGAUUAGCUAAAUCAGGUGGUCUGGACCGUGUUGUUGCAUUGCAUGUGUAUAUACUCAAAGACUAUCAAGAAGCUGAUGCAGUAUGUAGAGUCAAGUUUCAAUAGAUUGGUUAGGAACUUGGAAGAACAAGGGAUGGCAUUCAUCAUCUUCAGUAAAAAUGUAAUUGGAAGCCAUGUGGUACUACUGCUUCCUUUUGAUUCCAGUGGUUCAAAGCCAUGAGUCAUCUGGUAAAGAGAUUUGUGAUAGACCUGGUGAAAUCUAUUCUGCUGGUUUGAGAAUUAUAUUCACCAUUGGAGAGAUCAAUAUUAACCAUCAUCAUGAUUUUUGUACUAAUGGUUGCUGGCAACUUAAGAGGUUUUACAAGGGUCUAGGUUGGCAUGGCUAUGACUUUAGGUUAUCAUUUGUGCUGACUUAUUGGUCUGGUAAAAUCUACUUCUAAUUAACCCAGCUUAUACUCUCAAAUUAUAUAAAGUUUCACUGGGAUUCAGUUCCCCUGGAAGAACUACUGUUUGAUUUGUGGAGAAGGUAAAACAUGGGGCUUUUUGUAUCAUUUUAACUUCUUGGAGACAAUCUCGCACAUUUGUGAGCCUUUAGCUGCUGCAGGGCUUAAUUAGAUUCUAGUUGUUCAAGUUAAAGCAAGGUAUCAUCUUGAUGCUCGGAUAUCAGGUGAAUGUAUUAGAGUUUCUCAUUUCGGCACACUUCUGAAGGUUGUUAAUUAUAGGAGACAGGUGGAAACAUCUCGUUACUCCAUGAACACGUUAAGGAUGUAUCAUGCUUAGGUGCAAGUGUUGUGAUUAGAUAGGUCAGAUCGAAACUGCAGCUUGUGGAUCAACACCAUUGUCACUGUCAGGAUUUGGGUUAAAUAUUUCACUGCCUUGCUUCAGUCACCGCCUUAACCAGAGAAUUUGUUAGAUUCAUAAAGCACGUAAUCUGGCAACAUUUCAAUGAUUGCAAUUAUCGCAGCUGGAUAUGUUAGAGACAAUGCUGCUCUUGUUCAAAUGGUCUUUUCUUCCUAAUCUAUCUUUGCAAACAAGUUGCAGGCCAGUUCAACUGUUUGUCUUUAGCCCCAUGGACUUUGUGAACAGGAGACCAAGCAGGGAGUCGCCCACUUUUCAUUUUGACUUGCAUCAAAAGUAAGGGACAGGGUCUAAGACAUGCAUCCCAGCAUGCAGGUGGUGGGUUGGCAGUUCUACGAAGAUGUGAAUGCUGAUGGUGAAGUGAUAUGAUUCAACAGCAUUACUGAGUUCUACACAGCAUUACUGAGUUUUUGGUGAGCUGGCUGAUGUUGGGUGGUAUGAUACAUGGCAGCAAAUGGGUCUGUAAAUAAUGAAUAUGAAGUUAAUGUUUUGUUGUUAUUACAACAUUUUUGUUGCUUGAGACUCAUGAUGCGAGUUUUUAAUUAUAUUCUUGUGAUUCCUUAAAUCCCUACGGUGAUAAUAUCACAGGAGGUUUAAUUUC